GCCUAAACACACACAUAUAUAUAUUUGGGUAUCUAUAAACAGAGAGGAGGAUUAGAAACAAAACGAGAGCGAUACGUGUCUGUGCUUGACAGGCAAUUAAGUUAAUUCUCUUUAUGGAUAUGGUUGGUAAUAUAGGCUCCAACUCUGAGAUAGAAGGCCUUAAUUACAGUUUUGCAGGUGGCGAUGGCGAGGAUGGGGUGAUUAAGGAGCAAGAUCGGCUGCUGCCCAUAGCCAAUGUGGGGAGGAUCAUGAAGCGGAGCUUGCCUGCUAAUGCUAAAAUCUCAAAAGAGGCCAAAGAAACCAUGCAAGAAUGUGUGUCUGAAUUUAUCAGCUUUGUCACUGGAGAGGCAUCGGACAAGUGUCACAAGGAGAAGCGAAAGACAGUGAACGGGGACGACAUCUGUUGGGCUCUGGGGAGCCUAGGAUUUGAUGACUAUGCCAAGCCACUGAAGAGGUAUUUGAAUAGAUAUAGGGAGCUAGAAGGGGAGAGAGCAAACCAAAAUAAGGCCAGCACCAGUGAAGAAAAGGACGAAACUACCGUGUUGAGCUAUAGAGGUGAGCCACCAACAAGUAGGAAACCUUCUGCGUCUUCUACUAAUUCAUUUAAGUUCACCAUAAUUAAUGAAACUAAAAACUCUUUCUCCAGGGGGUAUAUUAAUUAGGUUUCUGAGAAAAUUAGUGGGUUCUUAUUCUAUGGUUAUAUAUAUGCUUUAAUGACAAUUAUGUCUAUGAGAAUUUUGGGUGCGGGUGCAAAUUAUUACUGGUGUUAAUUUUCACUUGUAUGCUCUAAUUAAGAAUUAAAUCAAGGGUUUGAUCGAUCUCUAUUCUCUGUUGUUA